AUGCGGCUGAGGCGAGGAGUGGCAAUAGGCGUUCUACUCAUAUUGCAUAUGAGUGGAACUCUCAGUGACCAAUCGUCGAAUGAAAGCGGCGGUGGUGGAGGCAAUGCUGGGUCAGAUUCAAACAGCGCCGCCGAGCCCUCAGCCGAUCAGCUGGCCAUGGAGUCUUCAGAACGGGAGACGCCGAGCCACGCCUACAAUGGACCUCCACCACCAGCACCACCCCCGCACAAUAGGAGACAGAAUCCACCGCAUCAUCAGGCCCAUCAUCCAUUAGGCAUGCCCAGGAUUCCAAAUCAUCAUCCAAUUCACUCAAAACCCUUUGCAUUGGGACCGCCAGUAAGCCAUCACAAGAACGAUAUUGGGCCUGGUUUCCGAGGACCACCACCGCCGCCCGCGCCGGCCGCCGAUGCCCAAACUUCAGCUAGUGACAAAGUUUUUAGUGGCGCUGGAGAUGUUUGGCCAGCUCCCGCCCCUGAUAUGCCCAAGAUCGUAUCCCUUGAUGUAAAGUGCGAGAAAAACGCUAUGCGUGUAUUCCUCAGCUUCGACAAACCCUUCUUUGGUAUCGUAUUCUCAAAGGGACACUACUCCAAUCAUCAAUGUGUCCACCUCCCGCCUAAUCUAGGAAGAUCAUCAGCUUCAUUUGAAAUUGGUGCCCAUACUUGUGGAACAGCUGGGAGUGGGGACCCAAGGUAUAGAGGAGAUGUAGCAGCGGCUGGAACUUACUUUGAAAAUGUUAUUGUUAUUCAAUACGAUCCACAAGUACAAGAAGUAUGGGAUCAAGCUCGUAAACUGCGAUGCACGUGGCACGAUCAGUAUGAGAAGGCGGUGACCUUCAGACCGUUCCCAGUAGAUAUGCUAGAUGUUGUAAGAGCUGACUUUGCUGGAGAUAAUGUGGGUUGCUGGAUGCAAAUUCAAGUUGGUAAAGGACCAUGGGCAUCCGAAGUGUCAGGCCUAGUAAAGAUUGGCCAAACUAUGACUAUGGUAUUAGCUAUAAAGGAUGACGAUGCAAAGUUCGAUAUGCUUGUUCGAGACUGUGUGGCUCAUGACGGUCAACGCGCACCUAUACAAUUAGUCGAUAGGCGAGGCUGUGUAACCAGACCGAAACUAAUGUCGAGAUUCACUAAAAUCAAGAACUUUGGAGCUAGUGCUAGUGUACUCUCUUAUGCCCACUUCCAGGCCUUCAAAUUCCCCGAUUCGAUGGAAGUACAUUUCCAAUGUACUAUACAGAUUUGCAGAUACCGUUGCCCUGAUCAGUGUUCAGAUGGCCAUAAUGUUAUUGCUCCUCAUGCGGAAUACGGUCCUCCACAGCUUGAUGCCUAUCCCGUUGGAGCAGAAGCCAGACGAGAUGAAAGGAGAGUGCGAAGGCAACGACGUGCCACAACCCCUGAGAAGGAAGUUGGCGUAAACCGAGUUAUUCGUGUAGUUUCUGCCGGGGACCUGAACUUAGAUACAUCUGAAGAAAAUUCUGCCCCGAAAAUCGUACCAACCCCGGGUCUUGUAUGUAUGACCACGCCAGGAUUUGCAGCCACGCUCGGUGCCCUUCUUGCCACUUUGCUGUGCUCUUGCGCUGUGUCAGCUGUCUUAUUUAUAAAAUUGCGUCCAAUGACGUCUUUGAAAAAGAAGACGGCAGCCAUCACGACGAUAGCGCGGCCGCACCCCCCACCUCCUCCUCAUGUCAUUUCAAAGAGCCGGUUCUACUCGUAA